ACAUCGCUCAUGGUCGUGUGACCCGAUCCAUUGAUGACUCGUAACUGAUUUAAACGAGUAUUUCACAUCAGAGUCUCAUUUCACUGUUGUGCCAGCAUGUUUAGUAGCGGCGCAAAUUACAGUAAGUUGAAAACCAACUUACGAUUGACCAUCAAUCGCUUGAAACUACUGGAAAAGAAGAAAACCGAACUAGCGGCGAAGGCAAGGAAAGAAAUCGCGGAUUACAUUUCUGCUGCUAAAGAUGACCGGGCCAGGAUCAGAGUUGAGCAUAUCAUCCGGGAAGAUUAUCUUGUUGAAGCAAUGGAACUCCUUGAGAUGUAUUGUGACCUUCUCCUGGCCAGAUUUGGUCUGAUACAGACUCAAAAAGAACUGGACCCUGGGCUUGAAGAGUCAAUUGCUAGCAUAAUCUGGGCAACACCUCGCCUUCAAGCUGAUGUACAGGAACUGAAACAUGUGUCUGACCAAUUCAGUGCAAAAUAUGGCAAGGAAUUUGCUCAAGCAUGUCGAACAAAUGAGCUGAACAAUGUUAGUGAAAAGGUUAUGCAUAAAUUAGGUGUAGAGGCUCCGCCCAAGAUACUUGUAGAACGUUAUAUGAUAGAGAUUGCCAGGACCUAUAAUGUGCCAUUCGAGCCAGACCCAUCUGUGAUGGCACAGGACGAGAUGUUCAGUGCUGAGAAUUUUCUCAUUGAUUUGGGAGAGAAGAAAGGAGGAGGAGGUAGUGGUGGUGGUGGAGGAGGAAUGGGAGUAUUGGAACCACAAUCAGCAUCCUACCUACCUCCCCCACAGCAACAGUAUCCUCCUCCAAGUCAGGCCAUGAUGUACCCACCACCGCAGACAAAGCAGCCUCCACCUUUACCGCAGGCACCUCCAGCAGCCGGUAUAGACACCCCUGCUUACCCACCCCCACAGGGGGGACAGAGUUCAGAUUAUGACAAUUGGUUAGGAGAGGAUCCCAAGAAACAGCUUCAGAAUACUGUACCCACACAGCCUCCUCAACAGCCACCCCCUCCUGUCGGAUUCAAAGAUGGAUUUCCUGAACUGCCGACGGUUCCAACCAACACACUGCCAGAUCCAGGGAACUCUGUAGGGACUAGCUCUGCAGGAGGAGAUGAUGUGGAUUUUGAUGAUUUGACAAGAAGAUUUGAACAGUUGAAAAAGAAGAAGUAAACAGUGCUUUAUCACAUGUUAAUAUGUUAGUUUUAGUGCUUUGAAAUGUUAGUGACCUGGAUAUAAUUGAAAGACUUCAUGGACAAUAUUCCUAGUCUUGGGACAUUUCUUUUACAAAGAUAACUUAUUACACGAAGAAUCGUUUAUAGUUAAUGUGAUAUAAAUUUUUCAUAAUGUCAAUCAGAACAUUACACAAACAGCAAUUGAAAACACCUUUAAUUCUUAUAUAACACAUAAAUCUGAAAUGAAAAAUCUCAGAACUUGCAUGAAUCUGACCUGUGUUCUGUCGUAACAGGAAUUCAGACGGAGGAAAACCUUGUAACACUGUUGUUAUUUGUCAACACUGACAAGUAUAUCAGACUUAACAUUAUUUUGAAGUAAACUAAUACCCCUGGUGUAAGUAUUAUUCCAUAAAAGGAAGAGAAGACAUUGUAUGUUGAAGACAUAGAGUGUAAAUGAGUAUGAGGAGGGAUAUAAAACAAGUGGUAUCAUAUUGAGACUUACUGAAUGUUUGUUUACCACUUCUAGAUAUUAUAUUUAUGCUGUUAAAAGACAGGGUUGGAAAAUGAUUGAACAGCCUAUGAGAAUCGGUUAUCUUCUCGUCAAAGAAUAGUACAUCUCAAAUAAAUUAUGACAAUUCAGUUUGAUUUCAUUUUUACCUGGUGUUAAUGUCAAUGUGUUAUCUCCCUUGAAAUAGUCAAGGACUUGAUAAACUUGAAACCUAAACAAGUGAUAUUAAGGAACAAUUGGUGUUUAUGUGUAGGGAAACUGGCUGAAUCUAUAUGUAUUGUGUUGCUAUUACAAUGUAUAUAUUAGUGCUUUACAUGCAAUGCAGUACUGUCGUAUAAUGAUUAUUGUAUAUUUAACUUGGUAAAAGGAGCAUUAAAUUAAUAACACAACUCAUAAUAGUGUCUUAUAGGAUGUACCGGUACACAAUUUAAUAUUUGUACAUUUUUAGAUCACCUGAGACUAAUUCUCAUGGGGACCUAUUGCAAUCGCCUUUUGUCUUGUGUCAUGUGUUGUUAACCUUUAGAAUAGUCAAAUUGGUUGAAACUUCAAAAAUCUUCUCAGUACCCAAGUAUAGUAGAAUGAAAUAUUCCUUGUUGAUCGAAAGGCCUUUGGAUGCUUUAUCAAAAUUGUGAAUUUCAUGACCAGGGGGUCUCGCGUUUCCCUCUGGGAAGGGGUAAAGUUUACAAUCAUUUAUAUCGGAAAAUAUCUUUUUUAACAUAAUUUGUUCAUUUUCACUAAGAAGUAGUUCAAACUUGGUUACAAUUGUUACUAUAGGAUGACAGAUUAGUGAUAUGCUCACACUGACCUUGGCUAACUUCUAAUGACUGAUGGGUGGGGCCUAUAAUGGGUCAAAUUGACUCAAAUUUCAAAGAUCUUCUCAAUAUCUAGAUUUGGUAGAAUCUAUCAAAUACUGUUCAUGGAGCGAGGAGUUUAUUUAGGAAAACUACAUUUUUUGGUUUAAUUUUCUUUAAAUUCAAAAUUUGUUAAAAGCCUUAUCAUGGACAGCAGUUAAUAUUAUGCGCAGUUUGCAUUUGCAUUAUGUGUGCAAUGUAAUUAAAGUUAUUAUUUCUAUGACAUAUUACAAGGAGCAUUGUAACUCAGGUUACCAUUAAGGCCCUUGUGCCUCUUGUUUUAUAUUGAAACAGUUCUGCAAUUGAUAAAUUACAAAGUAACAGUGGUUUUUAUGGAUUUAUAGAUCAGUACCAUGUGUUGUAGUAGUUUGUAUUGAUGUAUACAAAGAAUAAGGUUUUUUACUGAAGUGGUAUAUACUGUCUAGUAUAUACUGAUGUACAUGGCGUCCAUUUAGUUAGUGGGAAAUAAUCAUUUUAAUUGAUAAUGUGCUUCAUGACCAUAUUUUAACUUAAAACUUUAAUGUACUUAAGCUUAUUGAGUCUGAUAUAAUGGUUCGAGAGAAUUGUUGGUACACUUCAAUCUUCAAAUUUCAAAUUGUAAUUAAUAUUUAAUAUUUGCUGAUUUUCUGAUUAUUGACUGUAAAUGUGGGUGCAAUCCUUUUUUCACUGUUAAAAUUAAAACGAAAUGAAUCUUU